AUGAUUUCCUUUAAAAGUGUUCUUUGGUUAUUCAACAAUAUUCGUAUUCAACCAACAAAAUUUUUUGGAAUUUUGUUAAAUAAGAAUCCUAUUGAACGGCCAAAUAUUAAACAGCUUCUGAUAGAAGGUAAAGAGAUAUUCAAGUGUGUUUAUGAAAGUGAGGAAUUGUUGAAUGUAAGUUUUAGAAGUGGUAAUGGGUAUGAUAGUAGUCCAAGUAGUGAUGUAAGUAGUGAUGAGGGAGGUGAUGAUAAUGAUAAAAUAGUUAAAAAAUUUUUUAAAAAAUUCUUCAAGAAAGUUCCUAAAAGGAAAAAGUCCUCAACUAGUAUUAAUAGUAUUAAAAGUAAUAGUAGUAACAAAAGUAGCAAUUGCAGUAUUUAUAGUAAUAAUAGUAAUGACGGUGACGGUAAAUUCAGUAGUAAAUAUAGCAGUAAUACCAGUUACAAUAGUAGUGGUAGUAGUCGAAGCACACAACAAAAAUAUGUAUCACAUAAACUUGCACUUCAUAAAAGCACGAGAUUAAACAAACAUAUUCCUGAGAAUGUGAGUGAUUUUACUUUGCAAUAUAAUUUUGAGAUCAGAACAAGUCUUGAAGAACAUGUUAGGCAACUUCAUCCUGGUAAGAAUACCAAUGAAAAUAAGAUUGUCUUGGAAGAAUAUCAAGACAGCAAAAUACGCAUAGAAAUAACUAGUGAACUUGACAAUGCCUUUAAGUUGUAA